CCACCCCCCUUUACCUGACCGCAUCCGCUGUUUAUCUCGAGCUAGCUCUGAGCAGCUUGUACAGUGAAAGCAUCUCUUGAAGGACAUAGGAUCUAGGAGCAUGGGUCUCCUUGCAGCGGGAUAUCUGUUCGCUGCAUUGGCCGUCUCUCUGUGUAGCAGUGUACAAGGUUACACGUGGCACAUGUAUGUCAAUGAUGUAUCGCUGACCAAUGGAAGCACGCAAUACUUGUCUGAUGUAGAACAACUCCUCACAAUAAAGUGUACAUAUGACGUUCUCCUCAAAAGAACUCCCCCUAGCUUAGUGAGAGUGGUGGAUGGUGUGUCUACACCUCUGAAUGCUACGACGGACUACCCUGCUUUCAGCCUCACAUACCCCGUACCUCAAGAGUACAGGACUGGAGUUGCUUGUUAUCAGUGCAGGACGCAUGACAACAACUACUACACCUUCAUUACAGUGUCCUACCAGGCUGACCCCACCACCACCAUCCCCACCACCAUCCCCCCCACUAGAGGGUCCAGUGGUGGGUCCAGUAGCUUCACUGGUCUUAAUCCUCUCAUCUACACCAUCUCUGCUGUCAUCCUACUGGGCAGUCUGGCUAUAGUGGCCAUCAUCACAUGUUGGAUACGCGCUAGACGAUCAUUCAACAAUCGCUCUUUGAGGUCUGCACAAACAGCACAGGAUUACUUUGAUCACAUGAGUGACAGUGAGUUUACUCCACUCACAAGUGCCGAGUUCCAAGCAUCCCUACAAGAACGCCCGCCCACAUACAUCCAGAGUGAGCAGAUUGAAUCAGGAGAGCCACCACCUGAGACCACCACUGAACAACCUGCUGAGUCAACACUAUCUCGUGAAGAUGCAGCCAUUAUUGAGAAUCUGAUAGGACUCAACCUACUCCCAGAGGAGCAGCGUCAUACAAGGCGACCUCCCAGGCAGCAAUCAGGGCCCCCCAGGCAGCAGCCAGUACCCCCCACAGUGAGGCCACGCCCCCCUACAGAGGAGGAGACUAGUAGUGAGGGGGUGGAUGAGUUGAGGUGCGUGGGCGUGCGUGCUCAGAGGCUAUUGACAGAGCAGCAAUCCAUUGGACAACUAGUACUGCUAGAACCAACUAACAACACUAACUCUUGUUAAGCUACUCUAUGUGUACAUGACGUGUUUUAAAAAUUUAAUAUUGUACAGUAUGUCAUAUAAUUAAUGAUUAUUACA